AUGGCCUCCUUUCGGCUGACGAUUGAAGAUGGCCAGUUCCGGGACGCCCACGGUCGACAGGUUGUCCUACGCGGAAUCAAUGUCGCUGGCGACGCCAAACUCCCCUCCGAACCCGACCAACCGUCUCACAUUGCCCACGACUUCUUCGACGGCGACAGCGUCACAUUCCACCAGCGCCCGUUCAGCAAAGAGGAAGCCGCGACACAUUUUGUCAGGAUAAAACGCUAUGGCUUCAACACUAUCCGCUACCUCUUCACUUGGGAGGCAAUCGAAGCGUCGGGCCCCGGCAUCUAUGACGAGCAGUACAUCCAGCAUACCAUCGAGGUGCUGAGGACAGCAAAGUCCUAUGGUUUCUACGUCUUCAUGGACCCUCACCAGGAUGUCUGGUCGCGAUUCACCGGCGGUUCAGGGGCUCCAAUGUGGACCUUGUACGCCUGUGGCCUCAAUCCUCAGAGCUUCGCCGCCACCGAAGCCGCCAUCGUUCACAACACGUACCCCGACCCGGAUGCCUUCCCCAAGAUGAUUUGGUCAACAAAUUACCACAGACUCGCCGCCGGCACCAUGUUCACUCUGUUCUUUGCCGGAAAAGAUUUUGCGCCAAACUGCGUCAUCGACGGCGUCAACAUCCAGGACUAUUUGCAGGAUCACUUCGUCAAGGCCUGUGCGCAUCUAGCAAAGCGGAUACACGAAGCGGGCGAUCUGGAAAAUGAGGUUGUCAUGGGUUGGGAGAGCAUGAACGAGCCCAACAGGGGCAUGGCGGGCUAUGUGGACUUGACAGUCAUCCCCAAGGAACACCCCCUGAAGAAGGGCACCUGCCCAACCAUGUGGCAGACGUUCUUGACAGGCAUGGGCAGGGCCUGCGAGGUUGAUACCUGGGAAAUGGGAGGCCUAGGGCCCUACAAGACAGGCACGACGCUGGUGGACCCUCAUGGCGAGAAGGCCUGGUUGCCAGAGGGAUACGACGAUUCCAAGUAUGGUUGGAAGCGCCAUCCUGGCUGGAAACUCGGCGAGUGUCUGUGGGCGCAGCACGGUGUUUGGGAUGUAGAAACCGACACAAUGCUCAAAAAAGACUACUUUGCCAAGAACCCUAGAACCGGCAAGGCCAUUGAUUAUCCCGAAUUUACAAACACCUACUUUAUGGACUUUUGGAGAAAGUACAGCAAGACGUGCCGGGCCCAUCACAAGGAAUGCAUCAUGCUUAUGCAGUAUCCCACACUAGAACUGCCCCCUCAAAUCAAGGGAACCGAGGACGACGACCCAUUGAUGGCUUUUACGCCGCAUUUUUACGACGGCAUCACCUUGAUGACCAAACACUGGAACAGCACAUGGAAUGUCGACGUUGUGGGUGUACUUCGGGGCAAGUACUGGCACCCUGCAUUUGCAAUCAAAAUCGGGGAGACGGCCAUCAGGAACUGCCUCAAAGACCAGCUGGCAACGUUGCGACAGGAGGGGCUGGACAGGACAGGCAACCACCCGUGCCUGUUGACCGAGUUCGGGAUACCCUACGACAUGGACGAUAAGAAGGCUUACAAGACAGGAGACUACUCCAGCCAGUCAGCCGCACUGGAUGCCAACUACUUUGGCGUGGAAGGCUCUCAGAUCGAAGGCCACUGCCUCUGGGUAUACACGGUGAUGAACGACCACGAACGGGGCGACCAAUGGAACGGCGAAGACCUGUCCAUCCACUCCAUCGACGACAAGCUGCCGCCGCAUUCUCCGGUCCCCAGGAGCGCAGCGGCUGGUCAGUCUGCGAGCAGCCUCCUCAAACUGUCGACGAUGAACGGUGGAGACGCCGGCGGCGACGAUGAGAGCGUGACGCCUGGAAACCUUCAGCGCACCCUCACAACGCCAUCAAUCAGCUCCAGCCGACUGUCAAGGGAUCCCGAGUUGACUAAUGCCCCCGGGUACCGAGCUGCAGAGGCCUUCAUCCGACCAACCCCCACUCUUGUGGCAGGCAGUGUGCUGUCCACGGGAUUCGAUCUCCGCAAGUGCACCUUCCAUCUCAAAGUUUCGGCGCCAAAUGCUGCCAGCAGCGAGGCGCCAACCGUCGUUUUUCUCCCCGAGUAUCAUUUCCCCAAGGAUCAGUGCGAGGUGGCCGUGUCUGCUGGCAAAUGGGAGCUGAGUUCAGAUGACAGCGAAGGUCCCACGCUUCAACGCCUGAGGUGGUGGCAUCCUGAAGGGGAACAGACGCUCAACAUUCAGGGUGUCGUGAGAAAACACAAUCUGCCGGAGGGUUCCGCGGAGGAGGCUGGUUAUUUGGAGCAGUGCCAACAAGGCUACGGCCCCAGCUUGGGCAACUGCGCAAUCAUGUGA